ACAUGCACACACAUGCAUAUACACACACGAGCAUACACAUGCACACACAUGCAUGCAUAUACACACGUGCACACACGAGCAUACACAUGCACGCACAUGCAUAUACACAUGCGUGCAUGA